AUGAAGCGAAUAUUCCAGCGCCGCGAAAGUGAUGACAAGGGAGACCCCUCGGAAGGAGAUCCAGAACCGAUUGGGCUUGAGCUCUGGUAUGAGGGACCAAACGCCGAAGUUGAUAUCAUCUUCAUCCAUGGACUCAUGGGAAAUCGAAACAAGACAUGGCAAGCAACAGGCAGUGACGGUUUGAAGCUCGAUCCUUGGCCGAAAGCUCUGCUUCCUGCAAAGCUCCCCGAAUCUCGAAUCUUCACGUUCGGUUACGAUGCGAAAGUCACAGAUACAAAGGAAUUCAUGGGGAAAGUGUCUGAAAAAACACUCCGAGAUCAUGCCACAGAGCUGAUCUAUUCGAUAUGCCACCAACGCCGUGCCUCUGGGUCCACUGACCGAUCACUUAUAUUCGUUUGCCAUAGUCUUGGGGGUCUCGUUUGUAAAGAGGUACUGCUCCCUGAAAAGCACGGUCGGAAGAGCUGGACAGAUUUGCUAACUUCUAAUCAGGGCCUACUUUUUGCAAACCAACGAUCUGAUUAUCGACAAAUUUUCCAGUCCACGAGAGGCAUCAUCUUCAUGGGAACACCGCAUCAUGGAUCUGAAGCCGCAUCAUAUGCUCAACAUCUGACAAACUGGAUGAGCAGUAUGAAACAAGUUAACGCCAAGCUCCUUGAAGCUCUGAAGAAAGACUCCGAGAUGUUAGAAAAUAUUCACGAUGACUUUUGUUCACUUAUUCGGGAGAAGAGACGGUCAUCGAUGGAAAGUGCCCCUGGCAUUGUUUGUUUCUUUGAGGAACUUCUGAUGCGGGCACUGGGUUGUGUUGUCUCCAAGACGUCGGCAACUAUCCCUGGUUUCACUUGUCGGGGAAUCCAUGCAAACCAUAAGGGCAUGACCAAAUUCUCAUCGGAGAAUGACACAGGAUUUCAGAGCUUUCUUGAAGAGUUAUGGGGAUUUCUCCCUCCUUCCUCCAGACCAACCGUUACGGAUUUGGCAGUGUGUCCUCCCAAACAAGAUUUAAUUUCUAUGGGAAAAGAAUCAGACAAAGGGAAAGCAUCGUGCGAUGAAGAGCAAAGUUUUAUCCAGCCUAGGCCAAAUAAACCGACCACUACAGCUCUCGUGACCCCGGUAUCGAGUAUAGUAUCCUUAUGCCCCGAUAUUUCUAGCCUCUCCCUUAUCUCUAAAGUGACGCGACCAACGACUGAACUGGACGAUGUGGUUGAUGUCCGAUAUCCAGCAUUUCAUCGAAACUUUGUAUCUACUAGACGAGCUUGCGACGGUUGCCUUUGCUUCCGUACAGUUUCCCGAGAAUCUUCUAUGGUGAACUUAUUUUUCUUGAGAUCAAGUGGCGAGAAGGUGGAAAUUGCCGAGCACCAACCAAGUUGCCGAUUUCAUAAUCAGAUGAGAACCCUUAAGCGAUCCCAGACCGUCGAAUUCAGGGGAAACUGGAUACCAUUGAGAAUUGCAGUCUAUCUCACGACCACAAACUAUAAUAUUAACCCCUCAAUCAACUGUGUCAAGGUCCUUGGCGAGGACGCACCCGCUUUGAGACUAUAUGAGACAUCCUCGUGGGCGAUCUGUCUGAACGAUUGGGAUGCUCAAUACAGCCUGAAAUUCGUGACAAAGUUGGCACGACACAUACUGCAAUUGCAUCGCGAAGGACGCGCUUCCAUAUCUGAUGUGUGCCGGAAUGGACUUACUAGCCUCGAAAUGAUCAUGGACAUAUUCAUUCAAUAUAAUAAAAUUUUCUUUUGGGACUUGCCCAGUGGAGAGCGACCUACCAUAUUGAGGGUUUUUAUGAACCUCUUAGAUGACCUUCGGUUUCUUGGGAAAGUGUCCAGCUCAUGUCAACCUUCGAUAUGUUGGAGUAGAAUUUGGUCUAUGUACGUAGGACCUUUUGGCCUUGCGGGGGGGGUUCAAGUAGAGCAGAUGCGGUCGAAUCUGGAAGGGCUGUUGAAAAAGUUGAUUCUCUUGGGCUGGGAUCCAAACCAAGCAUUAGGGAAAAAUUUCAUGGUGGGGAGAUCCGGAGUUCUUUUUGCUGCCCAACAUCAUUAUGAAAUUCUCGAAGCAAUCCCUUCACCUGACCAAAGUGAUACAGACCAUGUCAAAAGUCCUGUUUCAGCCGCCAUUUCGGCUAGAGACUACGACCAACUACGCGAGGUGCUUCGAAAAGACCCGGCUUGUGCUGCAGAAUAUCUUGAUUCUCUGGGUAUUAGCUGUUUGGCUCUUACCACUCUGUGGCCACGAGGUUUCAAGCUGAUGUUGGAUGCAUUUGCGUCCGCAAACCUCAUAGAACGUCAUACAUCCACAGUAGCUGAGGCUAUAUAUCUUGCUCGAGAACACUACUUGGACAACUAUAUACAUGGUGAAUGUAGACUAGGUGAUGGUGGGACCGGGAAUCAUCACGUCGAGCACACAAUUCUGGGGCCUCUCAUUAGGCUUGGGAUACCAUGCCGAUUUCAUCAAACUCUGCUAGAGUCCCGAUGGGUUGGGCCCCUCUGUUACUUUGUUGAGACUAUGUUCUUCAACACCUUGAAGUCACAACGAGAAGAGCUAAAAGCUCUGGGUUUAAGACAUUUUAGCCAACCGGACAUUGUUAAAUACGGCCUCUUAGAAGACUCUACGCUGGACGGACAAGCUGGGUUCGUCACAGCGAAACUACAUGAACUGGGUGUCCCGGUGUCAGAGGUCUUAUACGUUCCUUUGGACUACCACUCAGUGCAUCGUAACUUGAUAAAUUACCCGCACCAUCCGGAUCGCUUGGAAUACUUAUGGCAAAUCGGGUUUCGCGAUAUCAACAGUGUGAGCAUGAGUGGUCCUCGCUCAUAUGGUGAUAUAAGUUUCGCGUCAGUGUCAUGGUACAUUCGUCAUGGCGUUGAUUUGAACGUCCCCGAAAAUGAACCGCAAGUUGAUGAGCUUUUAGAGACCGCCACUUUCUUGCCAUCACACAUAACUUCAUGGAAGCUAGCAGCGAAUUUCUGUAACUCCUACAGCAGCCUUAACCCGGAAGUAGGAGAAGUUCUACUCGAAAUCUGUGGUUGGACAGCUUUAGAUUGUUGCCGGUGCCAAUGUUCACCGCUGGGGUGCUCUGCCUUCAAAGUGUUCUUUCAUCGUGUUGUCUCCAGAAUUAUGUUGAAUGAUGGCAAAAAAACAAGCAAGAAAAGAUGGCCAUUCCCUUCUUCCCUGAACGAAAUCUUUGAGGCUCAAAGAUUGCAAAUCGUUCGUUUCAUGACCUUUCAGGAACUGGAUAUUCCUCAUACGUGCUGCACCAGAGCCAGUGGGGGUUUUUCUUAUGCCGAUUUGGAUGAGGCGGGAGAGAUUAAUGAAGAAUAUCGGCUUUCAAUCGACCAGCUCAACUCUCUAGUGGCUGAAUUUGAAUACGUCAUGAAAGAGGAAGGUUAUUCGAUAGGUGAUUUCAUCAAUAAUCAUUGGGCUCAGAAGAUGGAAGAAGUCGGAAGGAAUCAGGCUGAAGUUGCCCUGACUAGCGCUGAUGCUGCAGAGGAGGUUGGUGUUUCUUGGUACCCAGUACUUGCCGAGGACUCCGAUGUUUUGACCACGGAAGUGUCGACAGAUAGAAACCUACAGUGGUGGCUGAAUAAAAUGGAUAACCUGUAG